GAUGCGGCAGCCUGACCAGCUCAGAGGGGUUUGAGGCAUUGGCACGGCAGAGUAGCAUCGUGUCCGCUUAUAAAGUCCAACAUUAGAGUUUUAUCAGGAGGCAGAAAUCAUGUCGAAGGGACCAGCAGUUGGCAUUGACCUCGGGACCACCUACUCAUGUGUGGGAGUGUUUCAGCACGGCAAGGUUGAAAUCAUUGCCAAUGACCAGGGUAACCGGACCACACCCAGCUAUGUUGCGUUCACAGACACAGAAAGAUUGAUUGGAGAUGCCGCUAAAAAUCAAGUGGCUAUGAAUCCUACAAAUACGGUGUUCGAUGCAAAGAGACUGAUAGGACGACGAUUUGAUGAUACAGUUGUCCAAGCGGACAUGAAGCACUGGCCGUUCACAGUAAUCAAUGACUCUUCCCGCCCCAAAGUUCAAGUUGAAUACAAAGGAGAAUCAAAGGCAUUUUAUCCUGAGGAGAUAUCCUCAAUGGUGCUUUCAAAAAUGAAAGAAAUUGCAGAGGCCUAUCUUGGCAAAACCAUCACAAAUGCAGUCAUUACUGUGCCUGCGUACUUUAAUGACUCUCAGCGACAAGCAACAAAGGAUGCAGGGACCAUCUCUGGACUGAACGUUCUUCGUAUCAUUAAUGAACCAACAGCUGCUGCUAUUGCCUAUGGCUUGGACAAGAAAGUGGGCUCAGAGAGGAAUGUCCUGAUCUUUGAUCUUGGUGGUGGCACGUUUGAUGUGUCCAUCCUCACCAUUGAAGACGGCAUCUUCGAGGUUAAGUCCACUGCUGGGGACACUCACCUGGGUGGAGAGGACUUCGACAACCGCAUGGUCAACCACUUCAUCUCCGAGUUCAAGCGCAAACACAAGAAGGACAUCAGCGACAAUAAGAGGGCCGUCCGUCGGCUGCGCACCGCCUGCGAGCGCGCCAAGCGCACGCUCUCCUCCAGCACGCAGGCCAGCAUCGAGAUCGACUCGCUGUACGAGGGCAUUGACUUCUACACCUCCAUCACCAGGGCACGUUUCGAGGAACUCAAUGCUGACCUGUUUAGGGGCACCUUGGACCCUGUCGAGAAAUCCCUCCGUGAUGCCAAGCUAGACAAGUCCCAGGUCCAUGACAUCGUCCUGGUCGGAGGUUCUACCCGUAUCCCUAAGAUCCAGAAGCUGUUGCAGGACUUCUUCAAUGGGAAGGAACUCAACAAGAGCAUCAAUCCUGAUGAGGCUGUCGCAUAUGGAGCAGCUGUUCAGGCAGCAAUUUUGUCAGGAGACAAGUCUGAGAAUGUCCAGGACUUGUUGUUGCUGGACGUCACUCCUUUGUCCCUGGGUAUCGAGACGGCUGGUGGAGUCAUGACCACCCUGAUCAAACGCAACACCACCAUCCCAACCAAGCAAACGCAGACUUUCACCACCUAUUCUGACAAUCAGCCCGGUGUGCUCAUUCAGGUGUACGAGGGGGAGAGAGCCAUGACUAAGGACAACAACUUGCUUGGGAAGUUUGAGCUAACAGGUAUUCCCCCUGCACCUCGUGGCGUUCCUCAGAUCGAAGUCACCUUCGACAUCGACGCCAAUGGCAUCAUGAACGUCUCUGCGGUAGACAAGAGCACAGGAAAAGAGAACAAGAUCACCAUCACCAAUGACAAAGGCCGCCUCAGUAAGGAGGACAUUGAGCGUAUGGUGCAGGAGGCCGAGAAGUACAAGGCAGAGGAUGACGUCCAGCGUGACAAGGUGUCCACCAAAAAUGGCCUCGAGUCCUACGCCUUCAACAUGAAGUCCACGGUGGAGGAUGAGAAGCUUAAAGGCAAGAUCAGUGAUGAGGACAAGCAGAAGAUACUGGACAAGUGCAACGAGGUCAUCAGCUGGCUGGACAAGAACCAGACUGCUGAGAAGGACGAAUUUGAGCACCAGCAGAAGGAGCUGGAGAAAGUGUGCAACCCCAUCAUCACAAAGCUGUACCAGAGCGCAGGGGGCAUGCCCGAGGGUAUGCCCGGGGGCUUCCCAGGGGCCGGGGCCAGCGCCGCGCCAGGAGGAGGAGGAUCUGGACCAACCAUCGAGGAAGUCGACUAAAGCUUCAACUUGUUUUGCAGAGCGCUGGUUGUUUUUCUUUGGUGGCAUGUUUCUAAACUCAUACUGCUCAGACCUUUUUGCUUGUGACCGCGAGGUAAUUACUUGUUUCAAAGGAACAGAAGUCCAGGGAUGUGUUUCACGGCCAUUUGUCAUUUUGCCCACUGGUGGAGAAGCAUGUUCGUUCACAGAUGUAACUGACAACUAAUGUUUCGGUCUCACUUUCUCCUCUGUAAAAUAUUUAGAGCAAACAGCUUAUAAGACUGAGUUCAUGUGCUCAUGUUUGUCCUGAGAUUAAAUCAGAAAUUUGAAGCUUU